AUGGGGAAAUCAGGUAAAAACAUGAGGGUCCUGCACGGUGGCCCAGGGGGUGAGGACCCGGGGAAAGGGGCGGAGCCUCAGGUUCGGAGCGCAGCCAAUCCGGCGGCGUGGAGGCGGGGACGGAGCGGGUUGCAGGGCCCACCCCGCGGCGGCAGGGGGCGGCCGAGGGCUGCGCAGCGGGGGGAGGAGAGUGCGCGGGAGGGGGCGGGGGCCGCGGUUACCCGGCGUGCCCCGGGGCGGACCUCGUGGAGCGCGCCCGCUCGGGACUCCCCUUCCCGGCGAGGCCUGGCGUCCUCGCUCCGCCCCUCGCUGGGACCCAGGUCUGGAGCCGAGCCGCCUCUAACGCUGAGCUCGGGCGUUGGCGACCGGGGCACGUCCCUCCCGCCGGGGCCCUGCCCCGGGCGAUCGGCCUCCGUUAGCAGGUGGCGUCCUCCACGCCCGGCACGGACCUACCCCACUGCCCGCGCUGCAGUCGCAAGCAAACUCACAGAAAGCUGCAGCCCCCAGGGACACGAUGGUGGUUCCAACAUGAAAUCACAGACUCGUGGCCGGAGGGCCACACAGCGGAGGUCUUGUCAAAGCCCUGGAAAUGUCACUGGACAGGGACCUGGCCCUGAGCUAGUCUCUCUAGAACCAGCGGUUCUGGACUUCAGGAAAAACGUCGCCCCACCAGUCCAGAACUUCCACUCGGCCAGCCUUCCUACGGUUCUGGAUGAUAUCCAUUUUGUCUUUUAGUUGUGGUUUUGAUGUGGUUGUGCGAGGCAGCAAGUACAGGUGUGUACCCAUGCCACCAUCUUGGUUCCUCCAGGGCUAUACCAUCUUAGUUUUAAUAGCAUACAUUAAUUUCUCCUAUCCAAUUCUGUACACACACACACAUUUUAUGUUGUUGCUACAAAUUCACCUCUACACGUUGUAUGUUAACAUAGAUUUAUAAUUAUUGUUUUAUAUAUCUUUUAAAUCAUAUCCUAUAUAAUAAAGAGCUAAUAUGAAAAUUGUUGUCAUGCCCUCACGCCAUCAAGGCUCAGACAGUUAACAUGGGGGAGAGAGGAGUGGGGCCCAGCCAGGCACAAAUGAGCUCAUGAGAGAGGAAUGGGGGCCAUCCAGGCACAAAUGAGCUUGUGAGAGAGGAAUGGAGACCAGCCAGGCUGCAGCCAAGGAGAGGAACAAGCCACCCACCCCGUGGUCCCGGGCACCUGUGGCUGCAGCCCAGGUGAAGCCGCCUGCCCAUGGUCCCCUGUGGCUGCAGCCAGCCCGGGUGAAGCCUGUCCAGGUCCUGGGUGCCUGUGGCUGGCCAGAGGAAGGGAAGCACAGGUUCUGGGUGCCUGUGACCGGCUGUAGGAGGGAAUCCUGGGUCCCGAGUGUGGGGUGAGGCAGAGGCAGUUAGGGGCAAUCAGGCCAGCAGGGGAGCAGUUAGGGGCAAUCAGGCAGGCAGGCAGAGGUGGUUAGGGGUGAUCAGGCAGGCAGAGGUGGUUGGGGCAAUCAGGCC